AUGCAUCCUUUGGUCCAGCUGGUACUGGAGCUAUGUCGUCUGGAGAGCCUAGAGACCAUUCAAUCCCAUCUGGACAAGAUUCGUGCCCCCAUUGCACUGUCUGGGGAACCAGGGCUUCAGUCAAGUGAUGCAGAAGUUGAAGCAUCUGAGUCAAACUUUAUAGAAUUGGUACAAGUCCUAUUGAAAGACCCAGCUGAGAGGACCAUGUUCUUUCAGGAGGUGUUUCCAGUGGAAUAUGGUCAGAAGUUUGAUGUGGCAUUACAGAAGUUAAUGUGGGUGUUCCUCUCCAAACUUGAGGAAGCUCUUCCAAUGCCAAAUAUUGCACAGAUUGCUUCCAUGCUGAGUACAAAUCCUGCUGUCAUGGAGGAGUGUGUUCAGUCACUAUCACAUCACGAACACCUUAAAAACCUACUUCAACACCACAAAAAUAUUCAACAGCUGGAACCUAAAGGCAUUGAAGAGGUGCAAGUGGAGACCAUUCACAUUGUUGACUACACUGAGAUAGAAUAUGAAACAAGUACUGGUCAGUUUGAAGAAAAAGAUAAAGAAGCAGACAGAACGACAAAAGAGGAGCAGAGAGAAAGCGAACUAAAAGAUAUGGGCGUAAAGGAGGGGGUGGCACAGAAUGAUGGAGGGCUUAUCAUUGAGGAGAUGAAGCCUGCAGGAGAGUUGGAUGUCACUGCUCAAGUGGAAAGACCUGCUACUGAGAAUCAGCAGCCUCUCAUUGAGGAAACGGUUUUACCUGUUGGGGCUGAGCGGACAGAACGUGUGAACAGUGGCAAAGUGACUUGUGGCAGUAAGGAUGAAAAUACAGAAGAAGUGGUAAUGGACAAGACAGAUGAAGGGACCCCAAAUGAGCCAGAACAGCAGAGCCAAGAGAGAGAGGAAUCCAGCCUGACAUUGUCUUCUAGGGCCAAACCGGAUAAGACGCAGCUGAAAGACACGAAUGUGUCCAGUUUAGUCAAUGCGUGCAUUUCUCGACAGCCUGCUGUAAAAUUAGACAGACUUGAUGUCACAGACAAACCUUUGCCUCUUCCAUGGUAUCCAACCAAACCCAAAAUAGGAUGUCCAGGAAAGGAGACUGAACCCUUAAACAAGAACCAACAAAUUGAAAGGCAUGAGCCAAACGUCACAUGGGUGGUGCCACCACCUCUAGAGAAGCUUAUGGGACCCCUGAAACCUGACCAGAACAGUGGAAAGACAGGUACAGCCAUAUCUGCUCCUGCUGUGGCCUUUGCCUGCACCUUGUGCUCUUUCUCAGAUCCAGAGGAGUUUAACCUGCACCAUCACCUCAUUGUGACCCAUCCUGAGGAAUACAAAAGGCUUUGGAAAGCUGGUACUCAAAGAGCCAUCAACACUGAGCCAACUAGUGGUGCCUCUCAACAUCCUGCAAAUGAAGUCAAGGUUAGCGCUCCUGUGCGGACAUAUAGAAGAAUCCCGGUCUCGAAAACAUGUCCCGUAUGUGGAAAGACUUUUACCCGAGGCGCAGAUAUGAGGCGACACCAGAGAACCCAUGCAGGAGAGCGUCCAUACCCUUGCAACGAAUGUGGGAGGUGCUUCAAACUACCCAGUGAGUUGAGAAACCAUCAGGAGCAUACAUGUGAAAACGAACAUUUAGAGGAGUUGGGUAAGCUGGAAGAGCAUAAGGAUGUCUCUGCCCAAGGCUCAAGUAACUCAUCCCAGCUACACACAUCUCAGAAUAAGACCUCCAGGGAACAGACUCCAGCCAGUACCCCUGCCUCUACAACAUGCCCUGUUUGUGGAUUAACCUUUACACGCCCCACAUUUCUGAAAAGACACAUGAUCUCUCAUACAACAGAGCGACCUUACUCAUGCUCCCAGUGUGGAAAAAGCUAUCGGUAUGUCGACAGUUUGAGGGUACAUGAACUGGUGUGUCAGGAGGCUGAUAGCACUGAGCCUCAGAACAUGGUUCACCAAGAGGUGUGUGGUGAACAGGAGACACAGGAGACUAUAAGUGAAAAUGCUAGUGAUCUUUCCCAAACCCUGGGCGAUAAACCUCAGAAACGGUCACCUUCACUUGGGUCCUCCUGUCAGUCUUGUGAAAAAGCACCAAGCACUCGUUCUUCAGACACGAGAAGGCAUUCUCAGUCUGUUAAGCAUCCUUACCAGUGUUCCCAGUGUGGCAUGGGCUACAAAUAUUCCUACAAUUUGGAGAAACACCAGGAUGUGUGCCAGGGAACAAAGCCAAGCCAAAAUUCAGUUCAGACUCAUUCACCAAAGGACAAGAAGUCUCUUUCUGUAGAGACAGACGAUCACGCGACCUCUCUGACUUUGACUGGUGCCUCGGAAGGUUCCUCCCCGCUUAGCGCAACCCCUGAUUCUCAUCAGAUGUUUGAGAGAAAUGACCAAAACAUAUGUGUGGGGAAAAUAGACAAAUCAGAUGACGUCGUUGCCCAUAAGAAACCGGUACCUUGUGCUAACUGCGGGAAGGAAAUUGGGCAGUGUGAUGGACAGAGGUGUAAGAGGCCUCCUGAACAUCGCCACAGGUGUGUCAAAUGUGGUAUGUUUUUCAGGACUUUAGCAGAAGUAAAGAAACAUCUGCGUAAUCACUGGGGAGAUGAUCCACUGCGCUGCUCUCAGUGUGGUAGAGCUUUUCAGAGCACAAGUCAGCUCGCAAAGCACAAGCAGAUACAUGCCAUAGUUUUAGUGUUCCAGUGCACCCUGUGCAGUGACACCUUCGUGAAACUAGAAUCUCUCCGACAACACUACCUUCAGGCCCAUGACAUCAAAAGAGACUUCCCUUGCUCUCACUGUGAGAAAAGCUUUAUAGAAGUGUCUAGCUUAGUAAAACAUUUGAGAACACAUACUGGUGAGCGGCCUUACCAGUGCUCUCAGUGUCCAAAGAGAUUCAAACUGUUGACUGCACUGGAGAUUCAUGAGAAAACUCAUACAGGAAUUAAAAAAUUUCUCUGUGCAGAGUGUGGGAAGUUUUUUGCAACUGUGACAGAGCUGUCCAGGCACGAAGUUCGCCACAGCAACGAGAGGCCACAUGUUUGUUCUCAGUGUGGGAAAACCUUUAAGGCAGAACGGACGAUGAAGGAACAUUUGCAGCGUCACUUUGGAAAACAGCAGUGUUAUUCCUGCUCGUAUUGCGGAAAGCUAUUUGCAAGAGCGUUUACGUUGCAAAGGCACAAUCGCACUCAUACAGGGGAGAGGCCAUACAGUUGCACUAAGUGUGGGAAAACCUUUCUGACCAGUGGUGAGGUAGCAAAACACCAGCGUUACCACACAGGAGAAAGGCCGUUCAAAUGUACUGUUUGUUUAAAGAGCUUCACCCAGUCAUGUUACCUGACGUUGCAUAUGAGAGUUCACACAGGGGAGCGGCCUUACCCCUGCGGUGUUUGUGCCAAGCGUUUUAGCAGCCGAACUCACCUGAACAGGCAUAUGAUGAUACAUACAGGAGAGAAGCCAUAUGUAUGUGACUGUGGGAAAGCUUUCAAUCGAAUGAAUCUUUUGAAUAUACACAAGAGAACUCAUGUGAACUCAAAGUGAGUUUGCUUGACUUAAUAUGAACCACAGUGAUGAUGAAUGUGAUGAAAGGAUUGUUUAUAUCUUGAGACUUAAAAGUUAUCUUUUGUACUUACUCUUAUUGCCGUAGUUAGUCUUUUAUGUCAUCGAAUGAACACUGGGUAAGUGGUGGUUUAUACAUAUCCGUAUUUUCUUUUCUGGUAAUUUGUUAAGAAUGCAGUCGUCUGACAUUAAAGCUUAUUGCAAUUUUGCCUCAGCCACUGUGGAUGGUGUUAUCCUCUGUCAUAAAUCUCUACACAUGUAUAUUCUGCCCCUAAUCGUGCUAACAUCAUGUGCUCCAAGUCCUAACCCACUCAUUCAUGGACCAGACAGCUUGUCAUGUGAGGAUGCUGAACUGAAAGAUAAUCUUUUGUCCCAGUAACAGAUAAGGGCUGUAAUACAUUUA